AUGCAUCGGUCGAAUGUGAAUCGUCGCAUGUCCAAUACUCUUCUAGUCAUCGAAUAUCCUUGGGCAAAGACUAAAGAAGAUGUGGCCGCGUUCUAUACUGUAGAUGAGGCAAAAGGUCUCUCCGACGAACGUGUCAAACGCGAUCUAGAACGAUACGGACCAAAUGAAUUACCAGCGGAAGAGGGAAAACCACUAUGGAAACUUAUCUUAGAACAAUUCGACGAUCUUCUAGUCAAAAUUUUACUUGCCGCUGCUUGCAUUUCAUUUGUACUAGCCUUAUUCGAAGAACACAAAGAAGAAGAGAGUAUGAUGGCUGCCUUUGUCGAACCGUUAGUCAUUCUUCUUAUUCUUAUUGCCAAUGCAGCUGUUGGUGUCUGGCAAGAACGAAACGCUGAGAGUGCCAUCGAAGCGUUGAAAGAGUACGAACCAGAAAUAGCAAAAGUUGUUCGACAGAAUCGACCUGGUCAAAUCCAACGGAUCAAAGCAAGAGAACUUGUACCUGGUGACAUCGUUGAAGUUGCUGUUGGAGACAAAGAACGAAACGCUGAGAGUGCCAUCGAAGCGUUGAAAGAGUACGAACCAGAAAUAGCAAAAGUUGUUCGACAGAAUCGACCUGGUCAAAUCCAACGGAUCAAAGCAAGAGAACUUGUACCUGGUGACAUCGUUGAAGUUGCUGUUGGAGACAAAGUACCAGCAGAUAUUCGAAUCACUACAAUCUAUUCGACAACACUUCGUAUUGAUCAAUCGUUGCUGACUGGUGAAAGUGUGUCGGUUAUCAAACAUACUGAUCCAAUCCCAGAUCCUCGAGCUGUGAAUCAAGACAAGAAGAACAUCCUAUUCUCAGGUACAAAUAUUGCAGCAGGACGAUGUCGUGGUGUUGUAAUUGGCACUGGUUUGAACACGGAAAUUGGUAAAAUUCGAUCGGAAAUGGCCGAUGCUGAAGAAGAGAAAACACCAUUACAACAGAAACUUGAUGAAUUUGGUGAACAAUUAUCAAAAGUUAUCACAAUCAUUUGUGUGGCCGUAUGGGCUAUUAAUAUUGGCCAUUUCAAUGAUCCCGUUCAUGGUGGCUCAUGGCUUCGCGGUGCUAUCUAUUAUUUCAAAAUUGCUGUUGCUCUCGCUGUCGCUGCCAUUCCUGAAGGUCUACCUGCUGUCAUCACAACCUGUCUCGCACUCGGAACAAGAAGAAUGGCAAAGAAGAAUGCCAUCGUUCGUUCACUACCAUCUGUCGAAACACUCGGUUGUACAUCCGUCAUUUGUUCUGACAAAACAGGCACAUUGACAACCAACCAAAUGUCUGUUUGUCGAAUGUUCACCUUCAGCAAGGCUGACGCAAACGACUUUCAGAUUGAUCAGUUUGAAAUCACCGGCUCAACCUACGAGCCAAAGGGUGAUAUCUUGCUCGAUGGAGAAAAGAUCAAUUGUGCUGACCGAAGUGGACUAGUGGAACUUGCCGAGUGUGCAGCACUAUGCAACGACUCUUCACUUGAUUACAACGAAACGAAGAAAGCAUUCGAGAAAGUUGGUGAAGCAACAGAAACAGCAUUGAUAGUUCUUGUGGAAAAGAUGAAUGUGUUCAAUACUGACAAGUCCAAACUCACACCACAUGAACUAGCAAUGGCAUCGAACACGAUCAUUCGCCAGAAGUAUCGGAAAGAGUUCACUCUCGAGUUUUCUCGUGAUCGUAAGUCGAUGUCAGUAUUUGUGACAAAUGCGACGAAAGGUGGUGAUAGCGGAGCAACAGGAUCAUCGGGAAAAAUGUUUGUGAAAGGUGCACCUGAGUCAGUGAUCGAUCGAUGUACCCAUAUUCGAUGUGGAACACAAAAGGUGCCCAUGACUCCACGGCUCAAACAAGAAGCCAUGAAACUAGUUCAUCAGUAUGGAACAGGUGGCGAUACUCUUCGAUGCUUGGCACUUGGUACAAUUGAUGAACCAAUGCGAAAANGAACAAUUCUUCUUACUCUUCAAUGGUUUGCGGUGCUGAAAAUCUCUUUUCCUGUCAUCUUACUUGAUGAAACAUUGAAAUUCGUCGCUCGACGAUAUGUCGAUAAAACUGAAGAAGGUAGCGCACUGCAUGGCGUCUCAUAUUUGUUUGUGUUAUGGAGUGUUUACAUUGCUAUCAUCAUGUAUUCACCCAUCUUCCACACAUGGGAAGGUUUCACGCAUCAUCCUGUUGGCAAUAUGACAACAUAUACAUCUACUCAGCAUCGAAAUCUCGACUUGUGA